CAAUUCAGUUUGACGUCGAGAGCCAAACUAAAGCGUCGGGACGCAAAAUCGUUGAUAAAAACUACUUCGCAAUAGUUUGCUAUAGACCCUUUGACUAUUUUCCCCGCAUUUUCCGAGUUUUCCCACGGGAUUUUACAAUCGCGCAGUACACGAUCCCAACUUCUCCGACUAGAGGAACCCGUUUUGGGAAGUUUUGUGUCUUUGGGUGCAAAUUUCGUUAAAAAAGGGACAUCAGUGGAGCACUGGGUGUGAUGCCGACCGAGUGCAUUACCAACCCUCUCCAGAGGGAACUCGCCGACUCGAUUAUCCGGAUGGUGCCACUAGACGAGAUCCGGAUCUUGCUCGCCUGUGGGGCAAAGGUCAACGAACCGGUCACUCAAGGGUUGCGACCCUUGCAUUAUGCUGUAUGGCAAAGGUACUACGAAGCUGCCCAAUUGCUGUUGACAAGAGGUGGAGACGUCAAUGCUGUCGACGAAUGCGGAUACAGCCCCCUUCACCUUUCAGCGGAACAUGGCUACACCGAAGUGGUCCGUCUGCUCCUUCUCUCGGGGGCGAAAGUCAACUACCGGCCCAACACCGAUGAGGACUUCCCCCGGACGACGCAAUGCGACGAGCCCUUGCGUCUGGCCAUCCGCAACAAACACAUGGACAUCGCGCGGAUGCUCCUGGAGCACGGGGCCGACCCCAACAAGCGGUACUUCUUCGGGGCCGAAAUCAAUCUAGUUACGGAUCUGGAAUUUUUGGAAUUGUUGUUGACAUUCGGGGCCAAUCCGGAUAGCAGGGACAGGUCCGGACUCACCCCCCUGAUGAAGGCGGUGAGACAGCCUCAGGGCAUGGAGGCGGCGUUGAUUCUGCUCAAAUAUGGCGCCGAUGUGAACGCAAUGGCGGAUGAGAGGCACGACUACAGGACUGUUUUGCACUAUGCAGUGCUUUCGGGGAAUUACGAGAUUAUUAAUCUGAUGAUUAAGCAAGGGGCGAAGUUGAAUUAUGACGAGGAGUAUGAUUUGGGGAAGCCCAGCCCACUGGAUCUGGCGAUUUUGAAGGGGGAUCCCAAGAUUGUCGAGCUGUUGAUACGAUCAGGUGCAAACGUCAACUGCAGCUCCCCCAUCAUUGGUUCUCCCCUCCACGUUGCAUGUGCUGACAACAUCCCCAACCGCUACGAAAUUCUCCAGAUGCUCCUCAAAGCUGGCGCUGACCCUAACCUCAAAGUCUACAACGACCUCUACGAUCACAAUUCGCAACUCCGGCCCGUCUUAGUGGAAUAUAUCGCCAGUAAUACCAACCCUAGUCUCGCUGUGGUCAACCUCCUUAUCCGUUACGGUGCCAAAGUUGUGAUGAAAACGCAAUUUCGUGAUCCUGACGGCAUCCUCAAUUCCCUCCAAAACGUCAUUUCGGCCAAAUGCGACUCAAUUUUUUUCCUCUUGCUCGAAGCUAGCGAAUCGUUUGAUGUUUGCAUGAUUAGGAGAAACUCAGUUAUCAGUCAUGAACAGAAAGCGACGCUUUUGGAGUUGGCCAAGUAUCCGUUGAGUUUGAGGAGGCAAGUGAGGGUGUUUUUGAGGAGGCUUUUGGGCGGGAAUAAAUUGAUCGAUUCGGUGCCGAAUUUCGAGUUGCCCAAAUGUUUAGAGAAGUAUCUGUUAUUUGAUUAUAGCUGAUUGGAUUUUGGGCCAUUUUUUUGAUCCCUUGAUUCCGAUGUUGGUAUUACGCCUUUUGUAACCUUUCGGUAGGCCGUAGUUUUAUAUAUUUUUAUCCUUAUCGUUCUGUUGUCAAAUUUAUAUAUUUGUAAUCACCGAAUAAUAAAAUAUCUUAAAGA